CCUCUGCCGCCACUCCCUCUGCACUCUGUCUCUACUUGCCGUUGCGACCUUGUCGCCACUCCCACCCGUCGCCUUCAAACUACGGUUCACCUCAGGUGCAAAAUGGGAAUACAGAAAUUGCAGGAAAUGCAAGGAAUCACUGAUUUGGGUAUAUUUGGGAAGGUGAAGAGAAGAAAGGGCAAAAGGUUAAAUGAUGGAUGCAAUCCAAAUCCUCUCACAAAUGACUCUAAAAAUCAAAGAGGCAGCACCCAUAUUUUGGCAAAAUUGGAUAUCAACAAUGGGUCAAACCACGAGCGCUGUAUUGGAACUGGGGACAACAUGAAGGAGAAGAAUGAUACGUACAAAAAAAUCAAUGAUUUAAGGCUCUUGGAUGGACAUAAUAUGGAAGAUGACACCAAUUAUAAAAGUAGCAAGCAUAAUGAGAGUGAAAAGCUUACAUCUUCAAAGAAUUUCUUUGAUGAAGGGAUCCCUUGUUCAGAAAACAGGGCUAUUGAUGAGGGUUUUAAGGGAAGCAGGAAAUAUACAAACGAGCAGAAUAGAGAAAAGAAAAGGAGGAAGCAAAAUGGAACUGACUUCAACUCUUUAAAGAAUGAUUCUGCUGAAGGAGGGGAAACUUUUGAAGAUGAGAUUAUAUAUGGAGGUCCCACGGGGAGUGAGAAGGAUCUUAAAAUGCAGAGGAAGAGAAAUGAAAGUUUGAAGGAAACUGAAAAUUCCACAACAUCUACUGAUAACUGUGGCUGGGAUGAGGGUAAAGAGCAGGAUAGGAAAAGAAGGAAAAAAUAUUUUCUAGAGCAUGAACAGGGUCAGGAUAAUUCAAAGAAAAUGUCCAAGGAAGCAUCAGAGAAGGCAUGUAAGGUUAUUUCUGGAGGCGACGCUGAAGAGGUGCCGUUAAGAGCACAUGUAAGGAAUAAGGAUAAAAAAAGGGGGAAGGAAAAGGGAGAAGUAGAUAAUUGUCCAGAAUUAACUCCUGAAAUGGCUGCAAGAAAAAACUAUGUUGGAAAGAGCAAAUUGGAUGUGAACUCACUUAAUAUUGAAAAAGGUUGUAACACUGAUGAACCGUAUCAUUGUGAACCAAAGAAAGAUGUAAAAAAAGGUAAAAAAAAAGUAAGCUUUUCCGAAAAUGUUGAGGAGUUUCCACCUGAGCAGUUUCAUCAUGAAAAUUUGGGUCCGGAUAAUUUGGUGUGGGGCAAACGUUUCACUCCAGAGGAAGACGAAUUGAUUAGGAAUGCUACCAUGAAAUACAUAGAGGAAAAUCAAUUGGGAGAGCAGGGUUUGCAUAUGAUUCUUCAUUGCAAAUCCUACAGGAAAGAAGUCAAAGAUUGCUGGAAAGUCAUUUCCGCAGCUCUUCCUUGGAGGCCACCAGUAAAUACAUUUUUUCGAGCUCAUAUUUUAUUCGAGAGAAGUGAGGAGCGCAAAUGGGAACCUGAAGAGCUUGAACUUAUCAAGAGAUAUCAUGCAGAGCAUGGUCCAAAAUGGAGGAAAUUGGCUGAUGUUCUUGGGAAAAGUAGAGUUCAUGUAAAAGAUGCUUGGCGAAGAAUAAGGCUUCCAAACCUAAAGAAAGGGAGAUGGAGUCAGUAUGAAUACCAGUCUUUGUUUGAUCUUGUCAACCUGGACCUGCGGAUGAAAGCAUUUGAGGAAAAGAAAGCUAAUCAUUGCAUGCUGAAAGACAAUAUUUCCUGGGAAGCUAUAAGUGAUAAGAUGUCUACCCGAGGAUCACAUACUUGCUGCUCGAAGUGGUAUUAUAAUUUGGCAUCAUCAAUGGUCAAAGAAGGGAGUUGGAAUAAUCUUGAUGAUUACAAGCUGAUUGAAGCGCUCCAGAAAGCUGAUGCUUGCUGCUUUGAGGACGUUGACUGGGACAAUCUGCUUGCCCACCGGUCCGGGGAAAUAUGUCGGAAGAGGUGGCAUGAAAUGAUUCGGCACCUUCAUAAUUUCUGGGCUUUGACAUUUAUUGAACAAGUUGAUCUACUUUCAGCGCGAUACUCUCCAGAUAUGAUCCAAUAUAGGGAAAUGGAGCAGAAUAAGAACCACAAUGUAUAGGGAAAGCUUGUUAUCCAAUGAAGGGUGUCCUAAUUUUGAUGUAUCUGGUUCUACUUGUUUGUUUUAUGGGGGCAAUUACAUACAUGCCACCCAAUUUCUGUGUAUUUACAUAUCUCCCAAAUCUUUCAUGACAUAUCAAAAAUACCAUCAUUUUUAUUUGCUUAGAAAAUAGGUUUCAAGAUAACAAAAUGAAAACACAUUGAUUUGUUUCAAAA